AUGGUGGAAUUGGUGGAGGCCGAAGAGCCUGAACUGCAGCAUUUGGUGGCGGCAGAACAGCAGAAGGCGCAGUUCACUACACAGGUACACCACUUCGUGGAUUUGUACUUGGAUAAAUGCGUUGAAAAACCAGGAAGUCAUCUAGAUGCUCAAACUAAAAAUUGCCUUGCCAGUUGCAUUGACCAAUUCAUUGAUACUACUCUUACCAUCACAAGCCGGUUUGCUCAGAUUGUGCAGAAAAGGAGCCAGUAG